AACCCGUAAUAUAGGAACAGUGAAGUCUCAAAUCUUGUUUGAACCGAGAGAAAAUACCAAACGGACCGCCACUCACGUUGAGGGUCAAAUGUUUUGAGGAUAUGCUGCAAGUUUAAUAAAAAUGUCAAGUUUCUCCAGAUCUGCCCAGCAAUGGGUGACCUUUGCUCGUUCCUGGUUCCUGAUUGAUGCCAGAAUGCAGCCUCCCGGGAAGGUUGCGACCAUGUGUGCUAUUAGAUUACAGGGGAAACACAAGCCUAUCUACCAUGCAUUGAGUGACUGUGGAGACCAUGUAGUAGUAAUGAACUCCAAACAAAUAGCUUUCUCUGGAAACAAAUGGGAGCAGAAAGUGUACUCAUCUCACUCAGGGUAUCCAGGUGGAUUCAAACAGGUCACAGCUGCUCAGCUGCACCAUAAAGACCCGAAAGCUAUUGUGAAGUUAGCGGUUUACGGCAUGCUGCCAAAGAAUCUGCACCGCCGCACCAUGAUGCAGAGGUUACACAUCUUUCCUGAUGACGAGCUGCCAGAAGACAUCCGAGCCAACCUGACAGAGGAGCUCCAGCAGCCCAGAGAAAUCCCCAGGAAACUCAACGAGUACACGCAGGAGGAGAUAGACGCCUUCCCCAGGCUGUGGACACCACCUGAAGACUACAAGAUGAAAUGAAAUCCAGGCUGCCCGACGUGACUAAAGCUGAAAAGGUUUUUGUUUUUUCAACCCUGAAAGCAUUCUCGAUUCCAUUUCUCGUUAGAUGCUUAAAAUAAAAGGACUUCUUUUAGAUGUUAUCUGUUUUAAAACACAAAACUGAUUUUCUCUGUUCAGAUGAAAUGUGUAGUUCCAGGAAGCAGAACUGGCUUUUGUUUAAAUCCAAAACUGGACUUUACUAAUAGACAAGUCAUAACUUAGAUGCCAACACACUCUGUGCUCCUCGAUACACAAUAAUACACCUCCGUCAGUCGCAUUGCUCUCGACAGCAGACCUGAAGCAUCCAGAAACUUUCCCCAUGUGGCUCAGCUCUGAUCAGAGAAAAUCAGAUUCUGUAGAUUUUUUUUGCACAAGUACACAACCAUGAAGCGAUCAUAUCUGACCCAAGAAAAAUGACAUCUGUUGUCCCGCCUUUGAAGGGUUGUGGGUUCACUGGGGAAUCCUGAGCUUUCUGUCUCGUCAGUGUGUUGUAAAAGCAUAAAUCAAUUCUGUUUAUGCGAGUUGUAUAUAAGCUAAUAAACAAUUUAAUAAACUGUGUUUUACAUGCGUGUUGUAAAAUCUGGUGAAAAGUUAAACGAAUGACCUGAAACACA